UUCGACGGCUUCGUCACGGGCGAUGUCUACACCGACGGCAGCCUGCUGUACGGCAGCUACGCGGCUCUGCGGCGAGGAGGCUGGGCGUUCGUGCAGCUGACGCCCGACAUGCAACUGCGUUUCGCUUGCUACGGGCCCCAGCCAGGGGCGCAAUGGCAGCAGGCGAUUUUCCGGAGUGAAUUGGAGGCAGUUCGGCGCGUGCUGGAGGUGGCGUGCCCGCCGCUCACCAUCUGGACCGACUGCCAGAGCAUUCUCGACGGCUUCGCGCGCGGCCCAGCCUGGGUCGAGAGGCCGAGCACGAUGCAUUCUGAGACGUGGAGCCGCUGCUGGGCCCUGAUCGCCGAGAACGGUGGCAUCGGCCCGAGGGGGAUUCGGUUUCAGAAAGUGAAGGCGCACGCGACGCGGGCCCAGCGUCAAGUCAUGGGCCUCUCGCAGUUUGCUGGAAAUAAAUAUGCUGAUCAGUACGCCAAGCUAGGAGCCAAGCAACACGAGCAU